CAGCAUGGACAUUCCGAGAACAGGCAAACAGGGAGCGCGAUGUGUCAUCGCCGGAAAGUAUCAGACGAGAAAUAUCGCCUCCAAUGCCGCAAGAUUCAGAGUCCAGGUCCUCGUACGCUAUGAAGAGCAGCAGACUCGCGACGAGACUUUUGUUCGGGAGUAUUGGCAAAUGAAAAGACAGCAAGUCGACGCUGGACUCCGUUCCAGGAGACGUACCGCCAGAAAGAUCCCAAGGGGUUCUCUCCCCGGAAUCCAAGAGGUUCAGAAAAUGAUGCUUGCGGACGUAGUCUGCUACGGCAGAGCUCAGCUUCUUCAUAGCCCGACGACAUUUAUCGUCCCAGAUCGCACGGUACAAGAAGGCGAAGACAACGUCCUGCAAUGGAUGAAAGAAGCCGAAGUCGCCCAAGGGCACUUCUGGUGCGGCAACUCGACACUCGAAGCCAAACGCAGAGGCUGCGCCUUCAACAAGCUGCACAACAGAUGGAUGCCGCCAGCCUGCACGCAAGAUUUCGAGCACGCCAGGCAGGCCGUCUUUGAAGCCCUGGGUGGCAACGAUGAGGAGCCGACCUUUCAUUUCUACAGGGACGAUGACGGGAAGCCGGGGGCGGAGAUUUCCGACGACGAGCUGAAUGAGUUUGAGAUCUUGACGCCGGCUUGGACGACGGUUGGGCACCACAUGACGCAUUGCAUGUAUCUCUUGCUGCAGGCUGCUGCGGCGCUGAAUUUGGGGACAAAGGCGGAUAUGGUUGUACAUGCGUGGGAACAUGCGAAGCAUUGUGCCAUGGUUGUGCUGAAUGAGACGAAGAAGGCGCCGGCUUGGAAUGAUGUUAAGAGUUUCGGGCAUACACAGUCUGGUGUCUGUUGGUGA